AAAACAUUCUGGUAUUCCAUUAAAGCCCAUAUGAUAAUGACAAAAUAUUUUUGAAAACUGUGUCAUGCAAUUAUUAUGGGAAUAAAAGUGAAGGUAAAAUCAAUAACAUUGGAAGGACAAUUGUUUUAUAGACACGUGUAACAUGUUUCUUGGCUGCAGAAUGCUCUUGCAGUGGUGAGUACUCUGCAGAAUCAUUUUUAGCAAGCUCAUCAGUAGCUGCUUGUUGCUUGUGUGAGAGAGAAAAAGAUUUCAAUUUUGAAGAGAAAAUGGGGAAGAGAAGGAGACCAAGAAUAGAUGAAGAUCAAAAAGAUACAAGUGUUGAAGGAGCCACCCCUUUUCAAGAAUCUCAACAACAGCAAGAAGCAGUGGCUUCUCGAAGGAGUGGAAGACUGUUGAGGAUGAAACAAGAACCCCAACAAGCUCUUCUAUUGCCACCUCCAGGUUUUGCGCCAUCGGAUGCUUCACCUUCCCAUCCCAGGUAUCAAACUCGUAAGUCUUUGAGGGCAAUCCUUGGUCGGUGUGAGUCUAUUACUACAACACCAAGGUCUCCAAUUCGCCAUGUUAAGGCGUCACAUCCUUUAUGUGCUACUUCUGACUUACCUGCUCAUCUUACUACUGGAAGUUCUAAAGCAAUAAAAGAAAAGUUUGAUGACUUAGUGCCCGCAGAACUUGAACAUCAAUCUAUUCUAACUAACUGUGGUGUCUUGGGUGUGGAAAAUCAGAAACAAGGGCAACACGCUCAAACACCACCUUUCCCUGAAGUUGUAGUUGAGAACAAUGCAAUAGUUAGUAAGGCUGAUAUGGUGUUAAAUGCUAAUGGCACAGAAGCGGAAACCAGAAAUAACCAGAGUGGUGUGCUUCCAGCGAAAUCCACGAGUCUUAAUCUCACAAAGAUAGCUGCACUAAUGAAUGAUUAUCCUUCUGAUGCUGAUGAGGUUGAAUCAAGACCUGGUCACAUGUCAGUCAUGGUGGAUAGGUAUAGAGUUAAGGAGGAAGCAGCACCUGUCCUCCAGAAGAUCUUCCUUAAGUACGGAGAUAUUGCAAUGAAUAGCUCUUUCUCUUCUGUGAGUUUCUCUUCAUCACUCUUGGAGCUGGUUUGCGACGUCUACAAGAAAUUGGAGGAAACAGAUUUCUUUAGUAUAACUUCCAAGGAGAUUCAGUCCAUGCUUGCUGAAGUUAGAGAUCUUGAGGAUGCCAAAAUAGAUGUUGGGUGGCUCAGUCAAAGGUUAAAUGAUGUCUCUCAGGCCAAGCAACUUCUACAGAACAGCUGCAAACUGAAGGAGGUAAAAACCAGGAACCUUGUAGUGAUGGAGACAAACAAGAAAGAACUGGAAGGAUUGAAGGAAGAGUUGGCUGCUUGCAUUGCAACAUGCCGCGUUUUGCAACAAAGAAUCCACAAUAAAGAGGAUGAGUUCGGCAUUGCACGUUCUGAGAACGAAAAGAUCAUGCAGAACUUUGCAGCUUUGAAGUCCAAGGUGAACAGUUUCCUGAAGAAGUCCUUGGUCCAUGACCUUCUCUGAGCAGCCUGGUGUUUGUAGUUAUUCCGUCUUGGAUAGGACCAUAUGAAUGAUCUUUUUCACUAAGUUUUAAUCCCCAAUUAGUUCUGUUAUCCCAUAUUAUACAAAUUGUUAUGUUCAACCAUAUGAAUCAUUGGCCCUUAACUGCAUAUGAGUUGCAGAAGCCCUGAAACAGAAUUUGCUACUGCAGAAUGGAAUGAACAGAGAUGCAGAAACUUUAUUAGCAGCUUUAUUGCAAUUCAAUUAAGAGAACUAAUGUUAAUUA